GACCGACCGGUCUUAUCCUCUAAUCCAAUCCCUCGCUCUCGCUUUGCCUCACCGAAAGAGGGAGGGCGAGGAGUCUGCUCAGUUUGCCUCGUCGUCUGACGCGUUCGGAGCCAGCGGACGGGUUGCUCCGAUGACAUGGUUGCUUCCGCAGUUCCGCUCCCUCUGCCCCUGCAACGUCCACGGCCGCCCGCACUACACCCUAAGGCCAGAGAUUUUGUCCAUCUCCAGAUUCACUGUCUCUUAUCCCCUACCACAUCUGUAAUUGAUUUUGGGCAAAUAGAUAAGUUAGAAGCUCGUUCAACCUCCUCUCCUUCAUGUGUCAUUAAACCAUUAACAUAUGUUGGAGCCGUUGGCCCACCAACCAAGACUGGAAUUCAAAUGACCUUGGCUUCAGAUAAAUUGCUCUCGGAUGAGGAGGCUGUAAUAUCUGCAGCUGCUGCUGAAGCAGUUGCCCUUGCUAGAGAAGCACUUGAACUUGCAAAAAAUGCAGCUAAGAUGAUGGGGAUGAAUCCUUUUGUGGAAGUUGAGAACUUAGAAAGUUCCUCAGAUGCUGAGAUAAAAUGGCUUGAGAGGAUGAGCCUUAUAGGAACAGAAUUGGGUGGCACCAACCAUUCUGCUGAUGCUGAAACUGAAUAUCCUCAAGCUAAUUUUAGUCCAGAUCAAUUUUUGCAUACAGAUUGUUUCAGUUUCACAUAUAGUGAGUCCCAGAUAACAGAGCAUGCUGAAAGCAUUGCUGUGGGUUCUGCGCGUCUGACUGAAAGAAGAGCCAGAAGAGCAAGGGCAGCAGAGAAGGCUACUGCUGGUGUUACUUCUCUGAAAUCUGGGUUAUCCGGAAAGAAAAAGCGCAGUAUGCAGGAGGUUGAUUAUUCAGAUCCCUUGCGAUACUUAAGGGGAACAACAAAUACAACAAGGCUUCUCACUGCAGCUGAAGAGAUAAGAUUGUCAGAAGGAAUUCAGGAUCUGCUAAAACUAGAGAGGCUGAAAGAGACUCUUGCUGAGCGACAUGGUUGUCAACCAACCUUUGCUCAAUGGGCUGCAGCUGCUGGUGUUGACCGAAAAUCUCUAAGGAAACGCUUAACCCUUGGCACCUUUUCCAAGGAUAAAAUGAUCAAAAGUAACAUUCGGCUUGUUAUUUCUAUAGCAAAAAACUAUCUUGGCACAGGACUGAACAUUCAGGAUCUCGUUCAGGAAGGAUGCAGAGGCCUGGUGAGGGGUGCUGAGAAGUUUGAUGCUUCCAAGGGGUUCAAGUUCUCAACGUAUGCACACUGGUGGAUAAAACAAUCAGUACGGAAAUUUCUUUCAGAACAUUCCAGGACAAUCCGCUUACCGUAUCACAUGGUGGAGGCAAGCUAUCGAGUAAGAGAGGCUGAAAAACGACUGCAUAGAGAGAACGGAAGGCAUCCUGGUACUGAAGAAGUUGCGGUGGCGACUGGAUUAUCUAUGAAGAAACUUGAGGCAGUGAUGCUGACCCCUAAAGCUCCGAUUUCUCUGGAUCAGAAGAUUGGAUUCAAUGAGAGCCUAAAACCUACAGACGUCAUUGCUCAUCCUGAUGCUGAGACGUCCGAAGACAUGCUCAUCAAGCAAUUCAUGAGGCAGGAUCUUAACAAAGUGCUGGAUACUCUAAAUCCAAAGGAGAAGCAGGUCGUCAGGUGGAGGUUUGGACUAGAAGAUGGAAGGAUGAAGACACUGCAAGAGAUUGGAGAGUUGAUGGGAGUGAGCAGGGAGAGGGUCCGGCAGAUCGAGUCUAGUGCCUUGAGAAAACUAAAAAGCAAAAAGAGAACCAAUAAUUUGCGGCGAUAUAUAGUUACUUAGAGUCCCAUUUGUUUAAGCUCCCAAUGUAGUUGCAGCACAUUCUUUUCCUUGCAACAAUAUAUCAGACCUCUAGUUUCUUUAACUUCAAUCUUUUUAUGUACUA